AUGUCUUACCAUUACGGCGCUCCACCAGCGCAUUACACCAAAUAUUAUGGUGAUUCCGCCUCACCAUAUGCCAACGGCGAAUAUGUCCAUUAUGCACCACAAUACACCACUACCCCAAAGAAGCACUCCCGCAAGGCGAGCUACAAUCCAUCCCCUCGCGUAGGCGGUUGGUACUCACCCGCAGGCUCGCCUCCACCAUGGUACGAGGCGAACGUUCAGUAUGCCGCUCCACGCGAAGACAUAUAUGUGAGUGAGGCAACGGGCAAACCCCGCAAGAACGAGGGCUAUCACACCUUUCCUAGCUCAAGAUAUCACACCCGUUCAUCUUCGCGCAAGCAGAAUCAGCCCAUCUAUGUCUACACCGAUGGCGCUGAAUAUGCAGAAAUGCCGGCGACAUAUAUUGUCCGAGAACCACAAUCAUCAAAGUCCAAGCAUACACGGAAGCCAAGUACUGAUAGCAAAUUCUACUAUGCACAGGGUCAGAUCAUUGAAGAACAGCCAAAGCGAUCGAGAGCCCGACGCUCCUCGACUACUGCAACAACACCACAAAAGCCAACGCAUCGAUCUAGGCCUAGCCAGUCCAAGCCGAUUCCCCAAGCUACGGAAAAGGAUGCUGCCCGUGAGGGCAUUCCCGCAGGUUACUCGGUAAAGCAUUGGGAUCCUACAGAAAUCCCAAUUAUCCUGUUGGGCAGUGUCUUCGAUGCCAACUCUCUUGGCAAGUGGGUCUACGAUUGGACCGUUUUCCAUCAUGGGGCAUCCACCCCUAUGGCCGACAUGGCUGGAGAACUUUGGCUACUACUGAUUAAACUCGCCGGCAAGAUGAAGCGUGCGGAGGAGUGUGUAGGUCGCAUCCGCAAUACUGACAAGCAAGAGACUGUUGAGGACUUCAUUGUCAGUGGCCAGAGGCUCCUGGAAAAAUUCAAGGCUCUUCUCAAGGAAUGUGAACAGUACAUGCUCAAGGCAGCCAAGCGUGACGGCACCAAGACCAUGGGCAAAAAGGCAGGCACCGAGUUCGUCGAUUCCAUCUUCGGACGAGAUCGCUAUCUCGAGUCCACCGAGAAGAUCAUGAACCAGAUCAGACUUUGGAACAUGCGCUUCGAUGUGAACUGCGAGGAAAGCCUUCGCAAACCUUCUGCUGCCUAG